AUGCCGGGCCCUAUCUUCCUAGCUGCCUCUGCGUCAUACCAGCGCUACCUCCAGGAUGGUGUGACUGGCAACCUCGUUCUCUCAGUAUACGAGCAGACACCUGACGGAGACAUAAUCGUUGGCCCAGGAGAGGUCUUCUGUCGCCUGCCUGGCUGCGCAAACGUUCAAGUUCCGCUAUCCGAAACCAGAAACCUACAUUCUCACCUCCGCGGUCAUGGAGUUCUGGUCGCCUGGACUCUAUCGGCCCGUAUCAGCCAGCGCACCAAGGACGCUAUUGUGGCUUUGUACGAGUCCCUCUUUGCUGGCUUAUAG